AUGGAAGGAAAUAAAAAUGCAGGUGACAAAAAAGACAAACUGGCCGAUCAGAUAAUGCAGAACCCUCAAGUUCUCGCUGCUCUUCAGGAAAGGCUUGACAGCGUUUCUCAGACUCCGUCAAGUUACAUUGAAACUUUACCUAAAGCUGUAAAGCGAAGAAUCAAUGCCUUGAAACAACUCCAGGAGAAGUGCGCUCACAUAGAAGCCAAAUUCUAUGAGGAGGUUCACGAGCUCGAGAGGAAAUAUGCCGCCCUGUAUGAGCCUCUGUUUGCGAAGAGAAUGUUCAUUGUUACGGGAGAGGUGGAGCCGACAGAUGAUGAAUGUGAAUGGCACAGCGGUGGCGAGGAGGAAGAAAAAGAAAAAUUAGCGGAGGAUGUGAAAAACAAGAUGACUAUAUCUGACACGCCGAGUGCAGAGGACUCGAAAGGAAUCCCUGACUUCUGGCUGACCAUUUUUAAGAAUGUAGACAUGAUCAAUAUAUCUGUACAGGAACACGAUGAGCCAAUAUUAAAACAUUUGCAGGACGUGAAAGUGAAGUUUUCAGGGCCAGGACAGGCGAUGUCUUUCACGUUAGAGUUCCAAUUUGGGCCCAAUGAGUAUUUCAAUAAUCUGGUUCUGACGAAAACCUACAAAAUGAAAUCUGAACCGGACUCUGCCGACCCCUUUUCCUUUGAGGGACCUGAAAUCAUUGACUGUGAAGGGUGCACUAUCGACUGGAAAAAAAGGGUAAAAAUAUCACCGUUAAAACAAUAAAAAAGAAACAGAAGCACAAGGGACGAGGCACUGUGCGGACUAUAACGAAACAAGUCCCCAACGAGUCCUUCUUUAAUUUUUUCCUUUUCUACAGCAGCCAGUGAAGGAGAGGAAAUGGAUGAAGAGAUGGAAAACUCUCUAGCGGCCGAUUUUGAGCUUGGUCACUUUUUCCGGGAAAGAAUAGUCCCCCGAGCUGUUCUUUAUUUUACAGGAGAAGCAAUUGAGGAUGAAGACAGUUUUGAAGAGGGUGAAGAAGGAGAAGAGGAGGAGAUGGAAGGGGAAGAGGAGUGUGAGGAAGAUGACGACGAGCCAGUAAAGAAAGAAGCAGUUCAGCCUGCAGAGUGUAAACAGCAGUGA